CUGUCGGCCGAGCCGCGGUGUCGGGGCAGGCGAGGCCGUCGGCAGCGCAGCAUGGGGGAGUCCACGGUGCAGGUGGCCGUCCGCGUGCGGCCCAUGAACCGCAGAGAAAUUGACUUGCAUACCAAAUGUGUGGUGGACGUGGACACCAACAAAGUGGUCCUCAGCCCAGCGAACACAAACCUUUCCAAAGGAGAUGCCCGAAGCCAGCCAAAGGUGUUUGCCUAUGAUCAUUGUUUCUGGUCUAUGGAUGAGUCUGUUAAAGAAAAAUAUGCAGGUCAAGAUGUCGUCUUCAAGUGCCUGGGCGAGAACAUCCUACAAAAUGCUUUUGAUGGCUACAAUGCCUGUAUCUUUGCCUAUGGACAGACUGGAUCUGGAAAAUCUUACACCAUGAUGGGGACUGCUGACCAACCUGGGUUAAUCCCCCGACUCUGCAGUGGACUCUUUGAGCGAACCCAGAGAGAGGAGAACGAGGAGCAGAGCUUUAAAGUGGAGGUGUCCUACAUGGAGAUCUACAACGAAAAAGUUAGAGACCUCCUGGAUCCCAAAGGAAGCCGCCAGACACUGAAAGUGAGAGAGCACCAGCGUGCUGGGGGACCCUAUGUGGAUGGACUCUCCAAGCUGGCCGUCACCAGCUAUAAGGGAUAUCGAGUCCUUGAUGUUCUGAGGGGAAACAAAUCUCGCACUGUAGCUGCUUCCAACAUGAAUGAAGAGAGUAGCCGGUCCCAUGCUGUCUUCAAGAUCACCCUGACUCACACUUUGUAUGACCUCAAGUCUGGGACCUCCGGAGAGAAAGUGGGCAAACUCAGCUUGGUGGAUCUGGCUGGCAGCGAGCGCGCCACUAAGACUGGAGCAGCGGGUGACAGGCUGAAAGAGGGGAGCAACAUCAACAAGUCCCUCACCACCCUGGGCCUGGUCAUCUCAGCCUUGGCCGAUCAGAGCGCAGGCAAAAACAAGAACAAAUUUGUUCCUUAUCGCGACUCAGUCCUCACUUGGCUGCUCAAAGAUAGUCUGGGAGGAAACAGCAAGACAGCCAUGGUGGCCACGGUGAGUCCAGCCGCUGAUAACUAUGAUGAGACGCUGUCCACCCUGCGCUAUGCUGACCGUGCCAAGCACAUCGUCAACCAUGCCGUGGUCAACGAGGACCCCACGGCCCGCAUCAUCCGGGACCUGCGUGAGGAGGUGGAGAAGCUACGGGAGCAGCUCACUAAAGCCGAGGCCAUGAAGUCCCCUGAGCUCAAAGACCAGCUGGAAGAGUCCGAGAAGCUCAUCCAGGAAAUGACUGUGACAUGGGAGGAGAAGCUUAGGAAGACCGAGGAGAUUGCACAGGAGCGGCAGAAGCAGCUGGAGAGCCUCGGCAUUUCCCUUCAGUCCUCCGGGAUCAAAGUGGGCGAUGACAAGUGCUUCCUGGUCAACCUGAAUGCUGACCCUGCCCUCAACGAGCUCCUGGUCUACUACUUAAAGGAACAUACACUAAUUGGGUCUGCGAAUUCCCAAGACAUCCAGCUGUGUGGAAUGGGGAUCUUGCCCGAGCACUGCAUCAUAGACAUCACGCCUGAGGGCCAGGUCAUGCUGACUCCCCAAAAGAACACCAGGACCUUCGUGAAUGGCUCUUCCGUGUCCAGUGCUGUCCAGCUGCACCAUGGCGACAGGAUAUUGUGGGGGAACAACCACUUCUUUAGACUCAACCUGCCUAAAAAGAAAAAGAAGGUGGAUGGUGAAGAGGAGAGCCAUGAUACCUCAGGGAAGAGUGAUGCGAGCUCCGAACAGCUAGAUGCGGAUGGAGACUCCUCCAGCGAGGUGUCCAGCGAGGUCAACUUCAACUUUGAGUAUGCACAAAUGGAAGUGACCAUGAAGGCACUGGGUCACAAUGACCCCAUGCAGGCCCUGCUUAGCAGCCUGGAGCAGCAGCAUGAGGAGGAGAAGCGCUCGGCCCUUGAGCGCCAGCGACUCAUGUACGAGCAGGAGCUGGAGCAGCUGCGACGCCGACUGUCCCCAGAGAAGCCCAACUGCCGGGGCUCUGACCGCUUCUCCCUGCACUCACCCAGCGCCCAGCAGCGCCUGCGGCAGUGGGCUGAGGAGAGGGAAGCAACACUGGAUAACAGCCUGAUGAGGCUGCGGGAGCAGAUCGUCAAGGCUAACCUGCUGGUGAGAGAGGCCAGCUACAUUGCCGAGGAGCUGGACAAGCGCACAGAGUACAGAGUCACGCUGCAGAUUCCUGCCUCCAGCCUCGACGCCAACCUGAAGCGUGGCUCCCUCCUGAGUGAACCUGCCAUCCAAGUGAGGAGAAAGGGGAAGGGGAAGCAGAUCUGGUCCCUGGAGAAGCUGGACAACAGGCUUUUGGACAUGCGGGACCUGUACCAGGAGUGGAAGGAGUGUGAGGAGGACUCCCCGGUCACCCGGUCGUACUUCAAACGUGCCGACCCAUUCUACGAUGAGCAGGAGAACCAUAGUCUCAUUGGCGUGGCCAAUGUCUUUCUCGAGUCUCUUUUCUAUGAUGUGAAGCUCCAGUAUGCGGUGCCCAUCAUCAACCAGAAGGGAGAGGUGGCCGGGCGGCUGCAUGUAGAAGUGAUGAGGAUCAGCGGUGACAUCGGGGACAGAAUUGCUGGCGGGGACGAUAUCGGGGAACUGAGCUAUGACAAGGAGGCCCAGGAGAACCGGCUUGUGUGCAUGGUGAAGAUCCUGCAGGCCACGGGACUGCCCCAGCACCUGUGCCACUUCGUGUUCUGCAAGUACAGCUUUUGGGACCAGGAGCCGGUCAUGGUGGCACCAGAGGUCGACACUUCAUCGUCCUCCGUCUCCAAGGAGCCUCAGUGCAUGGUGGUCUUUGACCACUGCAGGGAGUUCUCUGUCAGCCUCACAGAGGACUGUGUGGAGCACCUAUCUGAGGGCGCCCUGGCCAUCGAGGUCUAUGGCCACAAGAUGAACGACCCACGAAGAAACUCAGCCCUAUGGGACCUGGGAAUCAUACAGGCCAAGACGCGCAGCCUGCGGGACAGAUGGAGUGAAGUGACCAGGAAGGUAGAAUUCUGGGUCCAGAUCCUGGAGCAGAAUGAGAAUGGGGAGUAUUGUCCCGUGGAAGUGGUUCCUGCCAAAGACGUGCCCACUGGAGGGAUCUUCCAGCUUCGCCAGGGCCAGUCGCGGAGAGUACAAGUGGCCGUGCGUUCCGUGCAGGAGUCGGGCACACUCCCACUCAUGGAAGAGUGUGUCCUGUCCGUGGGCAUCGGCUGCGUCAGGGUCCGGCCUGCCCGGCUCCCCAGGGCCCACGACACCUACCAUGAGGAAGAGGAGGACAUGGACAGCUACCAGGAUCGAGACUUAGAGCGAUUGCGUAGGAAAUGGCUUAACGUGCUGACCAAGCGUCAGGAGUACCUGGACGAGCAGCUGCAGAAGCUGGUCAGCAAACCUGAUAAGUCAGAGGAUGAUGCCGACAGAGAGGCCCAGCUCCUGGAGAUGCGGCUGACCCUGACAGAGGAGCGAAAUGCAGUCAUGGUACCCUCAGCCGGCAGUGGCAUUCCUGGGGCCCCUGCAGAAUGGACUCCCGUGCCUGGCAUGGAAACGCACAUCCCGGUCAUCUUCCUGGACUUAAAUGCUGAUGAUUUCAGCUCCCAAGAUAACCUCGAUGACCCUGAGGCCGGAGGCUGGGACGCAACCCUAGCAGGGGAGGAGGAGGAGGAGUUCUUUGAGCUGCAGAUUGUGAAGGAUGUUGAUGGAGAGGCCAAGGUGGAAGCUUCGUGGGACUCUGCGGUACAUGGCUGCCCACAGCUCAGCAGAGGCACUGCAGCCAGCGAGCGCGUGUUCUUGAUCGUGCGUGUCACGGUGCAACUCAGCCACCCAGCCAACAUGCAGCUAGUUUUGCGCAAGCGUGUCUGCGUCCACGUGCAUGGCCGGCAGGGUUUUGCCCAGAGUCUCCUAAAAAAGAUGUCUCAUCGAAGUUCCAUUCCUGGCUGUGGAGUGACUUUUGAAAUUGUCUCCAAUAUUCCAGAGGAUGCCCAGGGUGUAGAAGAGCGGGAAAGGCUGGCCCGCAUGGCCGCCAGCGUCAGCAACACAGGCUCCGCAGACUCGGAGGCCUACAUCGAGAAGUACCUACGGAGCGUGCUGGCUGUGGAGAACCUCCUCACACUGGACCGGUUGCGCCAGGAGGUGGCUGUGAAGGAGCAGUUGACGGGAAAGGGGAAGUUGGGUCGGAGAAGCAUCAGCUCACCCAGCGUGAACCGACUGUCUGGGAGCCGACAAGACCUUAUCCCCACCUACAGUCUAGGCAGCUACAAGGCCCGGUGGGAGAGCCAGCAAGAUGUAUCCCAAACGGCAGUUUCCAGAGGUCCAGCUCCCACUUCGUCUCUCCCUACUUGUCCCCCAAAUCACCACAGUCCAGAUCCAGGACGGGGGAACCCGGCACCAUCCAACAUGAACCCAGUGAAGUCAUUUGUACCCCAGAUGCCAAAGCUUCUGAAGUCGCUCUUCCCAGUCCGUGAUGAGAAGCAAAGCAAAAUUCUGUCACCCCUCACUCAGCAGCCUGUUCCCCGGAUCUUGGUGCAGCCAGCCCAGCCAGAUGCUGUGGCCCCCAGAAUGGUGCAGGUACCCCGAGAACCCCGAGACAGUGUGGGAUCGACUUCGCCAGGGCCGGUUCCCGUGGCAAAGGUUUCGGAGCGGCUGUCCAAGGGACCAGACGUCCCCGAGGUCCCGGAGGGGCCCCCCAGCCCCGUGAGCGAGGCGUCGAGCGGCUACUUCUCCCACAGCGCAUCCAGCGCCACCCUCAGCGACGCCCCGGUCCUGGGCCUGGACGCUGGGGCCCCCUCUCCCGCCUCGCCCGCCUCGCCCCCGGGCGUCCAGAGCCCGGCCCUGGUGCCCACCUCCUCGCCUCCGCCUCCUCCCAGUGCCCCCUCGGUCCCCCACAAGGACCUGGUGAGCCAGCAGGGAUCGGGCGAGGCCGGCCCCAAGCCCCGCGCGGCUGCCGACCUGCCUGCUUCCCCGUUCCGGAUCCGCAAGGUGCGCACGUCGGAGCUGCAGUCCUUCUCCCGCAUACUCGGCGGGGACGCCGGCGCGGGGGACCCGGGCCCCGGCAAGCUGGAUGUCUCGUCCGACUCCGAAGAGGCCACUGAGGUGCCCGAGUGGCUCCGGGAAGGGGAGCCUGUGACCGUGGGCGCCCACAAAACGGGCGUCGUCCGGUAUGUGGGACCCACGGACUUCCAGGAGGGCACGUGGGUCGGCGUGGAGCUGGACCUCCCCGCAGGCAAAAACGACGGCUGUAUCGGGGGACGCCAGUACUUCCACUGCCGCCCCGGCCACGGGCUGCUGGUCCGGCCGGGCCGGGUACACCGGGCGGCGGGCGCAGGUGCGGGCGCGGCCCGGCGGCGCAGCCUGGGGCUCCGGCCCCAUGGUAAUCCCGAGCCACGCCGCAGCAGCACCCUGAGUGGCUCGGCCACCAACCUGGCCUCGCUCACGGCUGCCCUGGCCAAGGCCGACGGUCCCGCGGCGCAGCGGGCCGAGCGGGGCCAGCGCCACUCUGAGAACCGCAAGUCCUGGGCCAGCUGAGCCGCGCGCGCAGGGUCCCCGCCGCCCUCCGUGGGGCACCAGCCUGAAGGUUUUGCGCAAGGAAGAGGACGCAUGACGCUGCCCGCUGCCUGGCACUCCGUACAGGGUGGGGAAAGUUCCGGAGCAGAACCCUGGAUGCGAAUGGAAGCCCCCUCCCUGCUGCGCCGGGCACCCCAAAAGUGCCUCCUAGCCCUGUGCCCCUGCGCCCCUCCCCGGGGCUCCCCACUGUGCCCAGAACCUGGACCGUAUUUAUUUCUAUUUAUUUGGUCACCACCCCAAUCACGCGCGAGCCACAAUCUAUGGGGUGGACACACCCCUCCCCCCGCUGGUGCCCGAGAAGUGCCCUUGGGUCCUGCGGCCCCUAAACUAGGUGCAUCCGUGUCUGGAAGGGCUGUUUCUGGGUUAGGCCCCUCUACAUUCCCCCAGAACCAUGCAGAACCCAAAGCCAGCAGCACCUGCACAUUAGAGCCUCCUGUUCCCUCAGGCCUCCAGGUGGAGCACAGGGCGCCUCACUGCCUCCCCCCACCCCCCAGGUGUAAGCAGGAGCCCCGUGCAGCGUCCCAGGUGCAGACCUGUAGAAGCCCCAUGAUCGCUGGGUGCCCACCCACGGGUGACAGCCUCAGUGCCUCCACCUAUCCCAUCCCGCCCCUCCCGGGGGAUAAGCAUAGCAGGCCGAACUGGGGACUAGGCCUUGCUCCCAGGUUCUUCUGGCAGUCCCAGUUGGAGACAGGUGUCCAUGUCUGUGUCCCCUGGCCCCAGUCUCCCCACUUAACUUUCCUCAUGUGCCUCCACAUCACAUCUGGCCCUGUGGGGGAAGAUUCUAGAACUUGGGCCAGUUGGCAUUGCCUCACUUGAAACCUUUUGGGGAACCAGCUGGCUUUGCCCAGUGAUGGGACCACUUUCUGCCUAACCCAGUUUCGUGGCCAGCUGCUUUAAUUGGGGGUCAGGCUUGCCUGAUUAAAGGGCAAGAGGAUCAUCUGCCCCCCACGGUCCAUGCAGGCUCAGGGCACAGAGAAGGGACAGUAUGGAGGCACCCAACUCCUACAUCACAGCACUGUAGAAAGCAGGAGGAGACCCAGGGGUGCAUGUGGGCCUCAGAGCCAAGAGUGCUCCCUACUCUGCACUGGACUCCCUAGAGAAAUUCAGGAAGGGCCAAUUUCCCGCCUGGUCAGUGGCUGAGCCUGGGGCCUGUUCUUCCUUGUGCCUUACUCUUGGGGACCCAAGAGCAGCCUGUUUCCCCACUCCAGGAGGUCUCCAUGCCACCUGGUCUCACAGUUGCCCACUGUGCCUUCUGCUGCUCUCUGCUGCUGGGAGCUGGGGUUGUGAACACCAGCGAUGCCCAGUCGUUGUGCCCUGCACAGUGUGGAGGUUCGGGUGCUCCAAACAGCCCCGGGGUGGGGGGAGGUGCUGCAGCACCUAUCUUCCCUCCUGGUGACUCACCAGCUGCUGCUCAAUAAAUAAAUGCAGUGAUUCUUGGC